AUGACUGUUCAACACAAUUCAAGGACCAAGGAGCCUUAUCUCAGGCUCCCAGAGCCACAUACGAACAUAAUCAUCACACCACACCGUCAGAACAGCAUUGACGAAACCUCCUCAGCACUUGCGAACAUUCUCAAUGACCCCCGCGUUGCCCUUCGUCUACAACGUACACCAUAUCCGUACUCAAAGUCUGACGGCGAAGAAUGGGCCAAAGCCAACUGCAAAGAGCAGGAGGCAAUGCUGUCCAACUUGCGAAAAGAGCUUGAAGAACAGACGAACACAAAAUUGAAGAAGCAUGCAGGCAAUAAUUCCCGUCAAGAUGGGCAGGUUUUCGAUGGUUGUCCUUUCACUUGUAUUAGGGAAGUGCUCAAGUCAGAACCCGAGACUGGCCAUCCAAUUGAAGACAUUCUCAUUGGCGAUAUCCGCUUGGCACGCUCAAGUUUCGAUGAAUUUCCCGAAGGCAGCGAAGAGAGAGCCCAAGCGCAGAGACAAAAUGAUGAGCUACUAGCUGGAGACAAAAAUAUCAUCUGGAGCCUGGCAGACUUUUUGGCUCCGAGUCACCAUGGUAAGGGAAUCAUGACGCUCGCCGUCAAAACUAUCAUCCAUGAUUGGGCGAUCCCUCGAAUGAAGGUCCAACGACUAAAGAGUUGGGCAUUCGAAGACAACGAAGGCAGUAUGAGGGUUUUUGAAAAGAACAGUUUUCUACGAGGGUGUACAUUGAAAGACUGGGCGCCUGUGUCUGAAAGUAGAGGAGGUGGAAAAAAGUCUAUUGUCUUGAUGGAAUGGGCAGGGGCUGACGAUAGUUAG